AUGUCUAGGAACAACAACAAGAAGCCUGUCGGCUUUGCUACCCACAUCACUGCUGGAGGUAUUGCUGGUGCUUGUGAAGCGCUCGCAUGUCAACCCCUCGAUACCAUCAAGGUCCGCAUGCAGCUCUCCAAGUCAGGACGAGCCCCCGGAACAAAACCUCGCGGAUUCUUCGCUACCGGUGUGCACAUUGUGAAGCGUGAAACCCCUCUGGCUUUGUACAAGGGUCUGGGAGCUGUGCUCUCUGGCAUCGUACCCAAGAUGGCCAUUCGUUUCGCCAGUUUCGAGGCUUACAAGGGUUUCUUGGCGGAUAAGGAGACCGGAAAGACGAGUGUGGGCGGGAUCUUCGUUGCUGGUCUUGGUGCUGGUAUCACCGAAGCCGUGGCUGUCGUGACGCCCAUGGAAGUCGUCAAGAUCCGAUUGCAAGCUCAACAACACUCUCUUGCUGAUCCUCUGGAGGCACCAAGAUACCGAAACGCUGCUCACGCAGUCUACACCAUCGUCCGGGAAGAGGGUUUUGCUACCCUCUACCGUGGUGUUUCUCUGACCGCUCUGCGACAAGCGACCAACCAGGGUGCCAACUUCACGGCGUACCAGGAAAUCAAAAAGUUUGCGCACAAAAUGCAGCCCGACCUCCCUGAACUCCCUUCGUACCAGCACAUGAUGAUUGGUCUUAUUUCCGGUGCCAUGGGUCCCUUCUCGAACGCACCCAUUGACACCAUCAAGACCCGUCUGCAAAAGGCCAAGGCUGAGCCGGGCCAAUCCGCUAUGCAACGCAUUGUUGCCAUUGCCAGCGACAUGUGGAGAAACGAAGGUUUCAGGUCCUUCUACAAGGGUAUCACACCUCGUGUGCUCCGUGUAGCGCCCGGCCAGGCUAUCGUCUUCGCUGUGUACGAGCGGACUGGAAGAGCACCAAUAUACUGGCCUGCUGCAAAUCCUGAAGACCUUCAUGACACGACAAUGAGAGCAACGAUAGCAAUCACCUCAACACCGCCCAAAGUUCGAACACAGUUCAACAUGGAGUCGGCGUGCAAACGAACGCUCUAUGGGAAUGAAAAGGAUAGUUGUGAACAGAAGGAUGAAUUGGGAAGGAUUCAGAAAUCAGCCCCUACUCACCAGGAAAUAUUCAACUGGACGAUGACAGCAGAGGCGAUUGCCCCGUGCCAUAUCAAGGACGUACACGAGCUGAAGGAGAGUGAAAAAGGAUCCGACUUUUUCUGGCUCGGACGAGUACCUUGUCGAAACGUUCGAAUAAUUGGUUUGGUGGUCGGUGUGACCGUCUACGAGUCUCGGAUUAUCUACGCCGUCGAUGAUGGAACUGGGGUAAUCGAUUGUAACCACAAGAUUGUGGUUCCAAAGGUGAAGAACACCGCGGGCAAGAGUGUGACAUCAUCGACGAGCUCUGCUCUGCCUGAGCUCCCCAAGCCCGUAGCAACCGUCGGGGACCUGGUAUACGCAGUCGGACGCGUUACGGUCAAAUAUGGAGAGCGACAAUUGGCUGUGAACCAGCUGGGCCGCUGCAAAUCAAUCAACGAGGAACUACAGCACUACGACGCAGUACGUAGGCUGCAUAAAGAGAAUUAUACCUUGAAGGCUCCUUUCGUCCUCCCUGAAGUCAAGAGCCAUGAUCCUAAACCUGAGACUCCUCGCCGGCCUCCACCCCAACCCGGCAACGUCCAAUUCAGCCUACCGCCUUCAAGUCCAUCUCUAUCUCUCGCAUCAAGUCCCGUUAAGCCAGACUCUGUUCCACCAUCACCUCAUAAACUUCGUCAUCCUUCUCGACUACGUUCAGCGGAUCUAACCCUCAACACUUUCCGAAUAUACCUUAAACAUUUCAUGGAUCAUGACCGGAGUCCAGCAGAUCCAACUGUCGACGACGUCGAUCCCUUCGUUGCCUCAACGCCAACAAAGCGAACACGCCAUCUCGACGAUGCAACACCUCGCGCGGGUGUUUCCUUCUCUCGCACGCCUCGACCGUCCAAAGACCCCAUAUCACUGCCCAAAGCCAGCUCAACCUCGCACAUCUCCACCCUGCAACCGUCUACUCGACCUAUCCAAGGCUAUACAAUCUCCUACCUCCGACGGGUCCCCGAGCUCGUCUUCCUCGCCAAACGCGUCUUGCGACAGGAUGCUCGUUCUAGCUUACGCAAACGAAAAGAAUCAAAGUCCCAGAUCUCGUCAAGCCAACUAGCUAUGAUGAAGCCAACUGCGGGCGACGUGAAGAGAUUGUUCAACCUCGCGAUUGGGCAGCUAUGGAGAGAAGGGAGUAUAAUCAUUUGGGCAGGGCCCAAGAAAUCGUGGAGGGAUAUCAAGAAGGAUGCCGAGACGAGUAUGCUAUGGAAGUCCAAUAUGAGCGGGGCCAGUUCGAUGGUCCCAGAUGCAUCCUCGGUAUUCGGCCAUUCCAAAUCCAGUAUCAACCUCGACCUCGAAGACGAAGGCGAACUAUCCGAUCCCGGACCCAACGAAGAAGCUUACAUUUCCCUCAAGGUAUCAUACCUCGCGGAUAGGCUAGAAGAGGCCAUACCCAAAGUCAAGGCCGCAAUUCGACGGAGAAUGAAACGGGAAGACGCUGAGGGGUACUUCGGAGCAACUCCAGAACAGCUGGCGCGGUUUAUGAAGCAGGAUGACCAGUGGACAUAUGUGAGGUUGGACAGCAUCGAGGAGGCGCUAGAGCAUUUGGAGGCAGAGUCGAGGGUAUGGCGUCCCUCGAAAGGACAAUGGGAUGUUACUUUAUGA